CACUCAAAACUCUUAUUCAAAGCUUCCAAAUGAUGGCAGCACUGUGCAAUCUUUGUCUAUUCAUUAAUGCGGUACCGCUAUAUAUAAACACAAUUGGACAUGAGUCCCAAGCUAUGGUCCCGAGUGAAGGAAGUUAGUUCUUUAUUUUUAACUUUUAGAUGUCAGAAGUCAUCUCAGGUUUGAUGAAAAUUGCUUGGUAAACAGUAAGGAAGUUAUUUAUGGAUCACUGCAAGGACAGAAAUGUGUUAAGCAAGAGCCAGUGCUGGUCCAUUUAACAGAUCCAGCUACAGCGACAGUUAUGACAUUUCCACAUGAUGAACAUGUAUCAUUUGCAAGCAGUGAUUGUGAGUAUUUGAUUUGUAAAAAUGAUAGGGUAUAGUCACAAAUUAGAUAAUUGUCUCUGCAUUUGCAUCUCUCCUUCCCCCUCUGUCCUUUCUCUCCCCGAUGUGAGUUAUUGUCAUAAGAAAAUUAAAGGAUUGUAUACGAAAUGCAAACAUGCCAGCAAGCUCUCAUUGCGAAUACAUAACAUUCGUGAUUUCUAAUGUAAAUGCACUGUUUUUUUGCGAAUAUCACAGCUGGAGACAUAUUUGAACAUGAGCCGUAUUUGAGGAGAGUUCAGCAUGGGGGUGAUGAAUUCACACCGUCUGAUGUAGAGACAAGCCCUAGUGACUAUGCUUAUUCAGUAUGCACCCGCAAAGAAUCUAAAGACCUAUUUGAACAAGAGCCGGAGGGUGUGCAAGAACAUCCCACAAUGCGGCAGAUGCUGACGAGAGUUCAGCAUGGGGGUGAUGAAUUCACACGUUCUGAUGUAGAGACAAUCCCUAGUGACUAUGCUUAUUCGGUCACCUGCGAAGAAUGGAAGUAUAGUGUCAUGAGAAAAUUAAAGGAUUGUAUAGAAAAUCCAAACAUGCCAGCAAGCUCUCCUUGCGAAUACAUAACAAUUUGUGAUUUCUAAUGUAAAUGCACUGUUUUUUUGCGAAUAUCACAGCUGGAGACAUAAUUGAACAUGGGCCAUAUUUGAAGAGAGGUCAGCGUGGGGAUGAUGCGCUCUCUGAGGUAGAGGCAUUCCCAAGUGACGAUGAUCAGUCACGCACCCGUCGAGAAUGUGAGUUAAUUAUCACCAGCCAGAGAUCAUCAGUUUCCAUAAAAUUUAUUCUUAAAAUCAUUAAAUCAACAAAGUUACUGUAACAGCACCUCUC